AUGUACGUUUAUAAGAGAGAUGGCCAUAAAGAACCAGUGAAAUUCGAUAAAAUAACAGCUCGCAUUUCACGUUUAUGCUACGGUUUAGAUCCAAAUCACGUUGAUGCCGUUAAAAUAACUCAACGUAUAAUUUCAGGUGUGUAUGAAGGUGUUACAACUGUAGAACUAGAUAACUUGGCAGCUGAAACAUGUGCUUAUAUGACAACAGUUCACCCAGACUAUGCAACUUUAGCUGCUAGAAUUGCAAUUUCAAACUUGCAUAAGCAAACUACAAAGCAAUUUUCACAGGUUAUUAAGGAUCUAUAUUCGUACACCAACCCAAAGAAUGGGGUUCACUCUCCUAUGAUCUCUGAAGAUGUAUAUCAGACUGUUAUGGAUCAUAAGGAUGAGUUGAAUUCAGCAAUUGUGUAUGAUAGAGAUUUCCAGUACAACUACUUUGGAUUUAAGACUUUGGAGCGUUCUUACUUGCUGCGAAUCAAUGGCCAAGUAGCCGAGCGUCCACAGCAUAUGGUUAUGCGAGUUGCAGUAGGCAUUCAUGGUCGCGAUAUUCCUAAGGUUAUCGAGACCUAUAAUUUGAUGUCUAUGAGAUAUUUCACUCACGCAUCUCCUACGCUAUUCAACGCGGGCACGCCUCGCCCACAAAUGUCGUCCUGUUUCUUGGUUGCAAUGAAAGAUGACUCUAUAGAGGGUAUUUAUGACACCUUGAAGGAGUGUGCGAUGAUUUCCAAGACUGCUGGUGGUAUUGGUUUACACAUUCACAACAUUCGUUCCACUGGUUCCUACAUUGCUGGUACUAAUGGUAACUCCAACGGUAUUAUCCCUAUGAUUCGUGUGUUCAACAACACUGCUCGUUACGUCGAUCAGGGCGGAAACAAGCGCCCAGGUGCCUUUGCGCUGUAUUUGGAACCAUGGCACUCAGAUAUCUUCGACUUCGUUGACAUUCGGAAGAACCAUGGAAAGGAAGAAAUUCGUGCCCGUGAUUUGUUUCCUGCUCUAUGGGUUCCUGACCUAUUCAUGAAGAGGGUCCAAUCUAAUGGCGACUGGACCCUAUUCUCCCCUAGCGAAGCCCCAGGCUUGUGUGAUGUCUAUGGGGACGAAUUCGAAGAGUUGUACGAACGCUAUGUCAGAGAAGGUCGUGGAAGAAAGACUAUCAAGGCUCAAAAGUUGUGGUACGCAAUCCUAGAAGCUCAGACUGAAACUGGUACUCCAUUCAUUUUAUACAAGGAUGCUUGUAACAGAAAGUCUAACCAAAAGAACCUUGGUAUGAUCAAAUCUUCUAACUUGUGUUGCGAGAUUGUCGAAUAUUCUUCUCCAGAGGAAACCGCAGUCUGCAACCUUGCUUCAAUUGCUUUACCAGCAUUUAUUAAGAAGUCACUUGACGGCACCAAGCAAUGGUACGAUUUCGAAAAGUUGCAUUCUAUUGCAAAGGUAGUUGCACGUAACUUAAACAGAAUUAUUGACCGUAACUAUUAUCCAGUCGAGACUGCAAGAAGAUCUAACAUGAGACAUAGACCAAUUGCUUUGGGUGUUCAAGGUCUAGCAGAUGCAUUUAUGAUCCUGCGUAUUCCUUUUGACUCCCAAGCUGCUAAGGAGUUGAACAUUCAGAUCUUUGAAACCCUAUACCACGCUGCUUGUGAGGCAUCUGUUGAAUUGGCGAUGGAGGAGGGUCCAUAUGAAACAUUUGCAGGUUCUCCAGCUGCCCAGGGUAUCUUACAGUUUGACAUGUGGGACAGGAAACCAACCGAUCUAUGGGACUGGACCAAUCUGAAAGCAAAUAUUAUGAAGUACGGUAUGAGAAACUCUCUUUUGGUGGCUCCAAUGCCAACGGCCUCAACCUCUCAGAUUCUGGGUUACAAUGAGUGUUUCGAACCAUACACCUCUAACAUGUACUCACGUCGUGUCUUGUCAGGCGAGUUCCAGAUUGUAAAUCCAUACUUGUUGCGCGAUCUUGUCGAUCUUGGAGUGUGGAAUGAAGCGAUGAAAUCGCAUAUUAUUUCCAACAAUGGUUCCAUUCAAAACUUACCUAAUAUUCCACAAGACAUUAAGGAUCUAUACAAGACUGUUUGGGAACUUUCCCAAAAGACGAUCAUCGAGAUGGCCGCUGAUCGUGGAGCCUUCAUCGACCAGUCACAGUCCUUGAAUAUCCAUAUCCGCGCCCCAACAAUGGGUAAGUUGACAUCAAUGCAUUUCUACGGCUGGAAACAAGGCUUAAAGACCGGUAUGUACUAUCUCAGGACUCAAGCCGCUUCCGCAGCUAUCCAGUUUACUAUUGAUAAGCUAGUAGCUGACCAAGCUGCUAACAACGUGACAACCGGAGACCUACAGCGUCCAGUCUACAUAGCGGGAAGGUUUAAGCUAAAUGAGGAUGAAGCUUCAUCGGAGGAAGAGUUUAAAGACUCGGAGUCUAAUACUGCCGUUUCCGAAAUAUCCUCGCUCACCAACAGUAUCUCAUCUAUGCAUUUUGAAGGUUCUACAGCCCCAAUUACAUCAACCGCCGGAUCUGAGGUUGCCACAAAUCAAGAAAGCACCACUACUACCACUUCUACUACUACAGAAGUUAAACCAGAUGACGACAGUGAAUUUGAUAUAUUCAACUCCAAAGUAAUUGCUUGUGCUAUUGAUAACCCCAGUAGUUGCGAAAUGUGCUCUGGAUGA